AUGGGGCGUGUCAGCAACUGGGAGAUGGAGCUCUUGGCUCAGAAGUUCCCGAUCCGCGGCGAAAUUCUCGGCGAAGACCGCUACCUGAAUCGCUACUUCUUGGUGCCCACGGCGCGUGGCGUCCCUCGCAUCUUCGUGGAAGCGUUUGCUCAUACGCAGAUCGACCCCGUCGAGGCUAUUGACGGCUUUGUAGACCACGUCGCCGCAGCGGCGAUGGAGCAGGAAGAGCGGAAGAAGGAGAAAGAGGAAGACGACGGCGCGGCCUCGACACUCGCAGAGAGUGCUCCCGCCGGAGGGAUUCCGACCAGCAACGCGAGCUGUCCUCCGCCCUCGUCCCUUUCUGCGCUUUCCUCUUCGUCGCAAGUUCCAAACGGCCUCGACGCCGGCGCGGGGAUGCCAGGCGGAGGGGCGGGCGCCCCAGUGCCCGUGGGUCUCCUGCCGGGAGACAGGGUAGGCGAGCGCCGGUCAAGUCGGCGCAUUGCGCAGCGCCACCAGCUGGAGCUCCUGCAUGAGGCGUCCUCAUCAGGGACCCCUCUCGCGGGCUCUGUGCUGAACGGGUUAGGCGCGGGCUUCGCGCGCGCCGAGGAGAGAAAGCGAAAGCGAGGGAGCCUCACGGGCGAGGGGAAGAAGUUCGGCCUGGUCGCGCCGACUGCGGCGAUGAAGAGCAGCGUGUUGAGCGCGCUCUUGGGGUCGGCAUUCGUCGAGGGCGCCAGUGGAGUGAAGAAGCUGCAGGCGCAAGAAGGCGAGAAGGCGAAGCACGUGAACGACUUCGUCAGGCGCGCAGUCGACUUCUCAUCCAUCUCCACGUACCUUCAGUACCUCGAAGAGACGCUCAAGGCCUGCGGACUGUUUGUUGUGCCACCGGGGCGACCGCUGCAGCAACUUCAGCAGGCGCUCUCGCCCUACUUGACGCGGGAGCGCGCGCUGAAGGAAAAACUCAGACGCGUCGACCAGCAGUUCCAGCAGCUCGCGGCGAGUUGUCCGCUGCCCACGCCGCCGCGCGUAUUCAUCCCGCCGUCCCUGUUUGCGGCCUGCAUUUGGCACGGCUGUCGGCUGCUGCUGCAGCUCGAGGAGGCACUUCUACUGCCUCUGUUUGCGUCGUCCUGGGGGUUCGCAAGCGUCUUCCAGAAGCAGCAGCACGUGCUGCGACUCUUCCACGAGAGCCAAGACCGGGUGGCCUCCAAGCGCUCAAGUCCCUCUGCCUCUCUCUCCCAAAGCCGAGGAGAGCGGAGCGACGGCCGGCGCGCCGUCCUGCUCAGCGAAGACGAGGGCAGCGGCGCGUCGUCGUGCGGUCGCUCUCGAGAGAAGGAGCGCGAAGAAGGCAAGAGAACUGAAGAUGAGAAGGAGAGCGGCGAAGAGAGUGGAUGGCGGCGGAGAGCAUCAGACGCGAAGCGCAGGGGCGGAAAGGACGAGGAAGACGACACCUGCGACGCUUUGAAGGAGCAAGACGAACUCGCACAGAAGCUGCAGACUCGCGUCUGGCCUCAAGACGUUCUCCACAAGUGCCUCUCGGCGCUCGCUGCGCACGCGAACGUCAUGGGCGGAGAGAAGAAAAAGAAGCCAGAAGAGCCGAAGGCGUCGAUGAAACGGGAGGAGGAGGAAAAAGAGGUCAAGUUGAAAGUCGAAGACACGCUCGCAGCUGGAGGCCUCGCGAGUCGAGAAGAGAACGCCAAGACUGAGAAAGCAGACCAUGAGGAAACGGUGCGAGAGGAACAGAGAGAGGCAGAAGAGCAAGAGGCGCAGUGGAUGGAAAGACGAAUAUGCCUGGUCGUCUUUGCUCAACUGCUUCUGUACAUCGAGAAGCGGCUCCACACGCUCUCGAACGUCCACACAGCGACGUGGCAUAUUCAGCAACACCACCAGUGGCGGCGGGAGGUGACGGCCUUAGGCGGAGCCGCUGCGUUGGCUCAACUGGCGCUUCCGCUUCCUUCUUUCGAGUUCUCCGCGUCGCCGCCGGCUGGGGCGAAGAGCGAGGGCGAGGAGAAAGUGCAGUGCAGGGGCGCCAAAAAGGGCGCGAGAGGAGGCUCCGCGCGCAAGGCGGCGACCUCGGAAGAGUCGCGAAGGGAGCGAGGGGGGACGCGGAAGGGACGGGAGGAGGACGCCGAUGAGCAGGAGAAGGCAGACGAGGGCGGAGAGAGCGACGACGAAGAGGGCGAAGAGACCCAGGACGAGGGCGAGGAGGACGGAGAGAAACCGAGCCUGGACUGGCAGUCCCGCGACGGAGAAGACGAUCCUGAGAAGGCGCACGACGACAAAGACGCGGACGACGAGACCCGUGCGGAGGGCGGCGGCCUUCCGCCCUCGCCUUCGCUGUCUCCCCCUGCCAAAGCUGACGAGUUCAUGCCUGCGGCGACCCCGGAAUCCUCUGCGCCGGAGGCGGAGCCUGCGUCCUCGGCUGCCGCUGCUGUGUCUCUCGCUGCUUCUUCUUCCGAGUCCUGUGCGCUGCCUCCGGACUCGCCCCUCCAGCGCAUUUUGGCGCUGAUUGACGCGAUCGGCUGGGACCGCGACCCCACGUUCAGCUAUCUGCGGACGCUGCGGCAAAGCGAACUCGAGGAGAUGCGACGCACGCGGGAGGAGGAGGAGAAGCCUCGGUGGGCGGCGCUGCUGGAGCGCGGCGAAAUGGACGGCGCGCAGGGCGGCGCGUCUGCGUCGUCUUCGUUCGUCCCUGAGGGCGAAGAAGACCCGCUGCUCUCGUGGACCCGCGUGCGAAACCGACACGAUGUCCUCGCCGUCUGGGGCUUCUACCUCAACAUCUGGAAGGCCUUCGGCCUCGAGCGACAAAAGGUCAUCGACGCCAGAACUACCGUCGACCGAAACACCUUCUUGUCCUUGCUAGCCCAUGACGAGCAAAGGGCCCACCUGCCUGACGUCGGGACGCGUCUCUUCUACUUCCGCAGAGGCCACGAGCAGAUGAUGACUGCAAUCCAGCAGGAGUACGGGGACACAGUUGAAGGCAGGAGGUGGGUGGACUCGACGUCGAUGCCGCUGUCGAUUCCCUACGAGCUCGGUCGCGUCGAAGAGUUGAUUGUGGACUCGAUUUCGUAUCACCCGGGCAUCGUCUCGCCUCUGCCGCCGCGCGCGGCGCCGGCUCUCUCGGCGUCGUGUCUGUCCUCUUCGCUCUUGUCGGGUCUGGGGGGCUCUGAGGCGGAGACGGGGUCUUCGCUGCCGGAAAAGCUCUACAGUUUUUCGAUCGUCGACGACCCGUAUGCCCUGGGGCUGCUUGUGGGAGACGCGUCGCGCACCAAGGCGCGGAGUGUGCCUUCGCAGGGCGGCCGAAGAGACGCGAGUGGUCCGGCUAGCCUCGGGAGCACGCCCGCGGCGUCUGCGGCGCCGACAGCCGGCAGCCCGCCGGCGUCGCUGUGCACUUCUUCCGCGCCGACGACCGCCGACUUGCUGCUCUCCUCGCGUCUGCCGCACGCGGAGCUGGGGCACGCUGAAAACGACGUGUCGCUGCCAGCCGCAGCGGCGACCCUGAACAGUCUGCCCUGCGCCUCGACGCCUGGGCACGUGUCCUCAGCCGUCCGCACGCCAGGAGCCGACCCGACCUCUGCAGGCGCCGGCGGCGAGAUGGACGGGAGUGUGACGCCCUCUGACCCGCUCCUUUCCGGCGAGCGCAAGACGCUGCCUGCGGGCGUUCUGGGGCAGACCGAGUUCGAGAUGCUUUCUGCCGCGGACCCCGUCGCGUCGGCGUGCCAGGAGGCGGAGAGAGCUCGCCAGCUCCUUCUCCAGACGCGCGAGGGCAAGGCACGAGACGACGCCGGCGAACAAGACGCCAAAGUCCACCUGGAAACGGCGCCCUACUACAGAAUGGUCUGCAGAGUGCUCCGGAGGUUCCACGAGACGACGGCAGACAAUAUCUCUGAUCGCGUCAAGUCGAUUGUCGCUGCUGCGGCGGCGGCGAACGAAGAGAAGCCGCACACCCGGACGUCUUCGCGUCUGCUCUCCUACCAGAAUCGGUCGCUGUCGUCGCGUUCGCCACUGGCUCUGCGGAGCUCAAGCAGCAGCGAGCGCCGUCUCCAGUCCUCGCGGCAGAGGAGUCAAGGCGGAGACGAAGAAGGCCACGCGGCUCCGGAGGGGGCGAUCCAGUUCCCGCAUGCUUCGGGUCCGCUGGACGAGCGCGAGGUCGUGUUGUGUGUGCCGCUGCGAGCGGAUGAUGUGGAGUUCGUGGUCAAGAGAGAGAAAGUCUUCAACGCGUUAAAUCUGUGCUGGAACCCAGGCAUGAAGUUCCGCAUGCUUUUCCACACUGCCGUCUCGGCAGCCAGCGACAGCGCGGCCUGCACAAAAGACAGGGAAACUGCUGGUGCUGCUGCUGCAUCGGGGAAAGACAAUGGCGCCGCGGCUGCCGGAGGCGGGACAGCUGCAGCCGCAGGGACGGCAAAUCACAACGCCGGCGCGGGUGCGGGCUCAGCGUCGGGAGACCGAGCCGCGGGGACUGGCGGAGACAAGUCGUCGCUCUCCACGACGACGCGGUACACAGGCACGAUUCGCCGAGUCGAUCUUCUUCAUCCGGACUUCUGGGAGAACGUGCUCGUUGAGUGGGAAGACCGCAGCCGCGCCGGGGGGGUCGCAACCGCCGCAGGAUCGGGCGUCGGCGGCGCCAGUCGAGGCUCCAGCGGAGACAAAGGAGAGAGGGGCAGUGGACAGAAAUCCGACGCAGACAGCGGAUUCGAAAACGUCAGCCUCUGGGAACUCGAACCCCUCAAGCGACUCAAAAGACCGGGAGGCUCCAACACAGGAGACUGA